AUGAAAGCCAACGUCGCUAUUGCCCUAACCGCAGGGCUCCCAGUUGCCCUUGCGUCGGCAUCGAUGAACAAGAGAAUCAUUUCACCUGAUAAAUCCACGGACCGCUACAAGUUUACCGUCAGCAUCCAAAACAGCAACCACAACCACUUGUGCGGCGGCAUGCUUCUGGACAGCACUACUGUGCUUACUGCGGCCCAUUGCUUCAGUGCUGCAACCGAUGAAGGAUCUGACCAAGGAUGGGGAGUCACGGUCAAGAUCGCCACGAUUCAGCAGCCUGUACCUGGGACGCCGAACUGGAAGCCUGCCGCCAAAACUAACAAGAUCAACGACAUCGGCAUCAUCAAACUGGCCACGCCGAUAAAGACCAGUAAAGAAAUCGAGUAUGCGCCGCUUCCAAAAUCCGCCGAUGACCUCGCAGCAAACUCGGACGUAGUUGCUGUUGGUUGGGGCAAUCCUGCCAUCCUGGAAAAGGGCGAAAAAGCCAAGCCCACUGAGAAGCGGGCUGAAGCCGUGAUCCCUCUGCAGACAAUGAACAAGUGCACAGAGAGUAGCAAAUGGGACCUGGGAGAUUUAAGCACACUGAUCUGCGCGGGAAAGGUCGGGAAAAACGUCUGCGAGGGGGAUAGCGGCGGUCCCCUCAUCGACGUCAAGUCCGGAACCCUGGUCGGCCUCGUCUCCCACAGCUUCGACGACGGCCAAGGGCGCAAGUGCAACGGCCCCAGCCUCUUCACCAAGGUCGGCAGCUACCUCGACUUCAUCAACAGCAACCUCGGACAGAGCGGCUACACGGGCGGCGCGAGCCAGUGGUACAAGGACGACCUGAAGCUGGUGGACCUGAAGGGAGAUCUGAGCAAGGGCUGCACGGAUCACUACGAGGCAAAGGCCGGGGAAUGUCUCAAGCCCAUCGACGACAAGUUCGGCGCCGUCAACGGAGAGCUCGACGAGACCGCUGACGAUGCGAAGUGGGAUGCCUACUACGAGGAGACGGGCAAAUGUUGGAGACUGCGGGCCGGCUUGACGCAGUGCCCUGAUUGUGUAAAGGAUGCGAAGCUCGACUGGAAGCUUGACCAAGUCGUAAAGUGCGCCGAUGGAAAGACGAAGAACUGA